AUGCUACCAUCGGCGGCAGAGCUUGUUGCGCGGUACCUAAGAGCCAACGGGUACACUCAGACCUUGAACAGUUUUGUUCAAGAAGCUGACCUACCUCCUGAUACGGGUUCAGCCUCCGAUAGUCCCACUACAAUAGAGUCUAUCCUGCAGGAAAAGAAGACAUUCGAUCUCAGCCUCAAUUUCGAGAAACUUGGUGUCGACGAUAAAGAGCGAGGAUGGACCGUUCAGGCGCCCCUUGAUCCGAAAGUGGUAGAGUCAUUGCCAAACCGAUCCAACAUACUAAGCGUAUCGGUUCUCGAUCUUCUUCUACCGUCGGCGCCAGAGAUCCGACAGUAUGUUGCUGUCACCACGGCUGACCGUCAACUACACCUGAUGGAUCCGAGCUCGCAUGCGUUCGAUUGUGUCCAUACAAUUUCCAACUUCCAAGAUUCACCAACUCUUGAUGUUGUUCCUAUAGACUCCAGACGUCUGCUUAUUGCCUCAAUGUCUGGCAAGCUGACACUGUUUGAUACGGCCACCAACUCAGUAUUGGAAGAACGCAAAGAUCACUCUAAGUAUCUUGUCAAAAUCUCCACAUGGUCUUCGGAAGGCAAGCCUAUACUAGUCGCGAGUGCAGGGUGGGAUGCUAGAGUGGUUCUAUAUCAGCUUGAUAAUAGCGUUGGACAGCCGCGGCUUGGAGAUCCAGUAGCGACUUUAUCGUUACCGAGCAUUCCUGAAUCGACAUUGUUCGUCACCUUACCUGGGGACCAAACGCCAGUUCUGGUUGUUGCUCGAAGAGAUUCCACAUUCCUACACUAUUACGCUGUGCCCAGUCCAGAGUCACCAGCGUUCACUCUGAUCGGCAAGCAAAAUCUUGCUCCACAUUCCAAUGCAUGGGUAGCUUUCACACCAUCCGAUAUCCAGGUCUGCCCCACGAAUCCAUACCUUGUCGCGAUCGCAACUUCUAGCACACCGCAUAUGAAAUUGCUGAUAGUGAAGCUUUUGCUUCCCCCUACUCGCUCUUCAGUAUCGGAUACUCAGACAAGUCUAGAACCAGAUGGACCCGUAACACAAGCGUCGCAAGCCCGGGCUGAGCUGCUCGUUGCAGACAAAGAGGAAGCGGCUACAUUAGUCAACGUUUCCACUCUAGCGCCUCAAACGUCUUACUCCACGCCACGCCUGGUAUGGCGUCCUGAUGGCUCAGGCGUAUAUGUGAGCUCUGACGAUGGAGUGGUCCGCGGCAUUGAAGCCAAGAGUGGUAAGUUGAUCUCGUCGUUGAAGGCGCACGAGCCUGGAUCAAAGUUACGAUGCCUUUGGGCAGGUCAAAUGGUGGGACCUGAUGCUCAUGGCUCAGACGGCAAUGGGAAGGCCGAGUAUCUCAUAAGCGGCGGAUUUGAUCAGAAGCUUAUCGUCUGGGCUUCAUCUUAA